GGCGCUUCUUUACUCUCCGCUAGCUGCGACCUGAGGGAAAAGUGUUGCUAGGUCUGUGGGGAGCCACAGCAAUGCCCUCCGUGCUGUCCUACGAAAGCCUGGUCCACGCUGUGGCCGGAGCCGUGGAAUAUCAGCUAUCUCCAGCCUUGGCACUGAGAAAUCACCACUGAGAUUUUGAAGCCACAAACUCUCUCUUAGGUUGCAGCCUGAAUUCUCACUACUUGCAUCAUUUGAAAACCUGAAGUGAAUAAUUUAACUUGGAAUGAUUCCAGGGAAGCGUGACAGCAAUGACAGUAUUUUUUCCCUUGGAUACAGCUCGACUCCGACUUCAAGUUGAUGAGAAAAGAAAGUCCAAAACUACACACAUGGUGCUCCUCGAGAUCAUUAAGGAAGAAGGCCUCCUGGCACCAUAUCGAGGGUGGUUUCCAGUUAUCUCCAGUCUCUGCUGCUCCAAUUUUGUCUAUUUCUACACUUUUAAUAGUCUCAAAGCAGUCUGGGUCAAAGGUCAACGCUCUACUACUGGAAAAGAUCUAGUAGUUGGAUUUGUUGCAGGAGUGGUGAAUGUGUUGCUAACAACUCCACUCUGGGUGGUAAACACCAGACUGAAGCUGCAAGGGGCAAAAUUUAGGAAUGAAGACAUUGUACCAACCAACUACAAAGGUAUUAUUGAUGCUUUUCACCAGAUCAUUCGAGAUGAAGGAAUCAUGGCUUUAUGGAAUGGCACAUUUCCUUCCUUGCUGUUGGUCUUCAAUCCUGCCAUCCAGUUCAUGUUCUAUGAAGGUUUAAAAAGGCAGCUUCUAAAGAAACGAGCGAAGCUUUCUUCUUUGGAUGUGUUCAUCAUUGGCGCAAUAUCCAAAGCAAUUGCUACCACCGUCACCUAUCCUCUGCAGACGGUACAGUCAAUUCUGAGGUUUGGACGUCACAGACUAAACCCAGAAAACAGAACACUGGGGAGUCUUCGGAAUGUUCUCUAUCUUCUUCACCAACGAGUAAAGCGUUUUGGAAUCAUGGGACUCUACAAAGGCCUUGAAGCCAAACUGCUACAGACAGUCCUCACUGCUGCUCUCAUGUUCCUGGUUUAUGAGAAACUGACGGCUGCUACCUUCACAGUUAUGGGACUGAAGAGUGCCCGCAAGCACUGAGACACCCCACACUGCAAAGUGCAGAAAAAUGCUCAAGAUGGGGGGUUCCUUCUGUGUGAAGGGAAGUGAUUCCCUUUUUAUUCUUGCUGUGUGCACCAUGAAUUUUACCCUCAUUGGCUGGAAAAGCGUCUAAGGGUAAACAUGGAAUAUAGCCAGCUGGACCUGUCCACAACUUUAAUUUUUAAUUUUAUGAUGGUUGUUUGAAUUUUGUGGGGGAGGUUAGUCUAAUGGUCCUACAAAAAAAAAACCCAUUAUUGAAAACCUGAAGAUGGAAGUUUGUGGGUGUUUAUUGUUUUUCUUAAGGUGAACGGACUAUUGCUCACAAUGUGUAAUCUUUUCCAGUUAAAAUCUUUCUUAAAUUUACCAGCUGUUCUUUUCCUCUGAUUCUAGGGACACAUUUAAUACCAUAUAAUUCUCCUCAUAUACUUUUGUAUGUUUUAAUCUUGGUAUUUUUCUCACUAAAAAUAUUAUGAUUGUUCCACA